GGGCGGGUAGGAAGAAUGAUUUGAUUAUGCUGACCGAGAAGGACCAGCYCRUAUCGGCUGACGAGGAGAAGAUCAAGRCAGUAGGGCGAAUGACGAAUGUCGCGUUCCGAUUGGGAAAAGUGCAUGCUUUAGGAGAUGUUGUGGUGCUGGAUGUGAAUACRUAUGRCGUUCUUUUCGGGCUUCCUGCAUUGGUGGCGCUGCGUGCUAAUUUAGACUUCGAACGCCGAUCCGUCAUUCUUCGGAAUACCGGGGGAAAGCCGUAUGUAAUACCCAUGAGAUUAACUCUUCAAACAUCGGUUAAGGUAGUACCCCGAGUUUUUCCGGAAACAAGGGGAGCGCUYCGCAUGAUCUCCUGGAGUGCACCUGUGGACGGAGACCAAUCAUCGAACGACGUGGGGAGCGACGACGAUGACGAUCCAGUCGCUACACGGUUGGUACGGCAGCGAAUUCACUACCCGCCGCCUCGCACUAUUGCGCRUACCAUGCAUCUAACCGCACGGAAUGCUCAUAUGAUGAUCAUGGGAGAACUUCUCGUACAGAUUUCGAGGCUGGUUGAUUCCUUGGAACCCCCUCGGACACUGUACGACGGCGUAUCUCCCCUCCUCCCUCGGUAUAGUGACAAACGUUCCUUUUGUGAUCUCACUGGCUUACCUCGAUCCCUGCUUCAGCYCGCAAAAGUGGUUCAGUUGUURCGUUUGRGAGCCGAAGCAGGUUCUUUGGAACCCCCUYAGCGCAUCGAGGCAAGAUCCGAGGAACUCAAGAUCAAAAUCUCGCCCAAAAGCGUGCCCUGGCGAGACAUCUGCGACGGGAUAACCCCCGAAGGUCAUACAGCGAUCAGGGAGGAGGAAGCACAGAUGGUGGCCACUGUGUUUUCUUGGAGAUCGGAUCACUCUUUUAUAUCCGCACCGCCUGACACUACUCGGCGUAUACACACGAAGCAUGUUAACGUUUGGAUCUUGGAUCAAAUGUAUGAAUUGCAUGUGCCCCAUUAUGUACCUGAUGAGAUCCAUCGGCUGAUCGCUGAUAUUUUAAUAGAAUAUCAAGGGGCGAUUAGCGUGUCUGAUGCCGAUAUUGGGUUAUCUGUGGUCGUUCAGCAUGAGAUUCAGACCGGGAGUCAUUCCCCAAUCCACUGCAAGCCGUACCGAUACUCGUUGGCAGAGCGCAAGACGACCUUGCAGCGAAUCAGGGAAUUUGAGGCAAACGGAUGGAUUGAGCCUGCUACCGGUCCCUGGUCGUUCCCAGUUGUAUUGUUUCCUAAAAGGAACGGGUCAGUCCGCAUAUGCAUCAAUUAUCGAAAGCUAAAUGACAUCACGAUUAAAGAUGUGUAUCCCCUUCCCCGGAUUGAUGAUCUGCUUGAUGCGAUCGGGUGUGCCAACUACUUCAGCAAAUUCGACAUUCGACAUGGGUUUCAUCAUAUCUUGGUGAAGGAAGAAGAUCGGCCCAAGACCGCCUUCGUUUUGUUUGAAGGCACGUGGCAAUGGGUUCGGUGCCCGAUGGGAAUCUGCAACGCGCCUGCCACGUUUCAGAGGGCGAUGAACGUGACUUUUCAGAAUUCUGUCAAUAAGACACGGCUGACUCAAGGGAUGAUUAACUUCUGUGUCAUCGUGUACAUGGAUGACAUUCUGGUGUACUCCGACACGUUUCACGGACACGCGCAGCACAUCGAAUGGACGUUGGGUGCGUUGAGAGACGCAUGUUUCAAGAUUGCGCUGGAAAAGAGCGAAUUCUUCCUCCCGGAAAUCUCGUUCUUGGGGUAUGUGGUGACACGAGGAGGCCUGCGACCGCACUCUCGAAAAGUCGCAGCGGGCAAAGAGGCCUCGGUUCCGACCUCAUUAACGCAGUUUAUUCUCAUCACCGACUGGCAGCCGGAGGCUAUUUCGGCCAUUCUGGCACAAAAGGGAAACAAUGGAGAGGAGCAUGUCAUUGAGUAUGCUUCCCGGACGGUGCCAGACGAGCAACGGAACGAUUCCGCGCCACAAGGAGAAUGCUAUGCGGUAGUGUGGGGUAUCCAGCACUUCCACCCGUAUUUGUACGGUCAAAAGUUUCUGCUCGUCACCGACCAUGAACCUCUGUUGGCUCUGAAAAAGCUAACCAACUACACGGGCAUGAUCGGACGAUGGGCAGUGCGGUUGCAAGAGUAUGAGUUUGACAUUGUUCAUCGAAAAACGGAGAGACACGGCAACGCCGACGGACUGACACGUUUGCACCGACCCGGGUGUCAGAGGCUUCUCACCCAGGAGCUUACGGUCCCGAUUGCGCAGCUGGCCGACGAUCUUGACGUCAGCAUUGUCUCCCAGGUCGACCCGCGCUUGGUGCCCCACGUCACCUCGUGCACGCUGUCAUCGUAUCUUCAGUGGUCAGCUUGUGUGGAGGGCUUUCCAUCGAGAAUUCCGCCUUCACGGCUGGAUUAUUUGGAUCCGCGCGACAUCGUGGAUCCCGCUUUCUAUAGACCACCAUACGAAGACGAAUUGGAGGAGAUAAUCCGCGAGGAGCUCGCGGAAGAAAGUUCGAAGGAAGAGGAAGGGAAUCUGAACGAAGACGAAGGGGAGUCGGCACAACAGCGAGAAGAAGACGAAGAAGAGCUCCUGCAAACGGAGAGCGAGGAGGAAGCAGAAGAGGAAGACAGCAAGCAAGGAAGCGGUGACGACAACGACGAAGAGCACGCCGACGAGGGUCCCCAGCUAGAAAUUGUGCCGGUUGCUGAUCUUCUGAUCAGCAACGAUCCAACGCUCGACCCGAAGCCACCUCAGCCAGACGACGGCCAUGUGGCCUAGAUGGCUGGGCCGUCCACUCGCCGGCCUCCUUCCCCACCGCGACGCCGACGACG